CUGCAGGGUUUACCAUCCAUGUUGUCACGAGACCAUGUGACAAAGGGGCUCAAAUACAGAGAAGAGGGGUCAGACACAAGAAUGUGUGGGUGAGUUAGUUGGAAGCUUCGUGGCCAGAAAUGGAGAUAAAAACCAAGACAGAGUCAAAGUAGAGCUGGGAUGACUGGCACCAUGAAUGUGACAACAGGAAGUGUGGAGAUAACUUUCACCUCUAACGACAGUGGCAUCCCUGGCAAUGGAAGCGUUGGUAUUCUGAACAUCCCCAAGCACAUGAACACAGCCAUUAAUGUCUUGUCCAUCAUCAUCCUCUUCAUCACUAUGAUUUCCCUUGGCUGCACCAUGGAGAUAUCUAAAAUUAAGGUCCAUCUUCUCAAGCCAAAGGGGGUGGCCAUUGCACUUGUUGCUCAGUUCUGCAUCAUGCCCAUCACCGCUUUCUCCCUGGCCAAAAUCCUGCAGAUGGAUCCCUUUAAGGCUGUUACUGUGCUCAUCUGUGGCUGUUGUCCAGGAGGAAGCUUAUCAAAUAUUUUUUCACUCCUAGUGAAUGGUGACAUGAACCUCAGUAUCGUCAUGACGACCUGCUCCAGCGUCGCAGCCUUGGGUCUCAUGCCUCUGCUGCUCUACGUCUUCAGCAAAGGCUUCAAAGGGUUGGAGAACGCUGUGCCAUACGCUGGCAUCAUAACCGCCCUUGUGUCCACACUGGUGCCUUGUGCCAUCGGCAUUCUCAUCAAUCACUAUAAACCAAACUACUCGUCAGUUGUCACAAAAACUGGUGUCAGCAUCCUGAUUAUCUCCACCAUCAUAAUUUCUGUCCUGUCUGGUUUAGUUGUCAGAGAUGUGAUAUGGAUGAUCUUCAUGCCAGACGUCCUCUCGGUGGCUGCGCUGAUGCCUCUAAUCGGGUUUACAUUGGGCUAUGUCAUGUCUGUCAUCUGCAGACUCAGUCCACAAUGCAGCAGAACUAUCUCCAUGGAGACAGGAUGUCAAAACAUCCAGCUGUGCACUACCAUUCUCAAGGUGGCCUUUCCUCCACAGGUCAUUGGACCCAUGUUUCUCUUCCCUCUGAUGUACAUCACGUUCCAGUGUACUGAAGCCCUCCUCGUGGGCUUGUGGUUCAGAUGUUACCAAAUACACAAGCCACCAGCUGAGGGUGCAAGUGUGCAUAAACAAGAGGAGGUGAAACUGCCAUGACAGCCAUAAAAAAGGCCGGCUGGACCUGAUCAGAACUGAGACACUGACUGAAGGACACAGAUAAAAAUAAAUGUAUUGUUCAAAUAAGAAGAUUGUUUAUGUUUUGUUUGCAUGCAGCAUAUCUAAUGUAGUGCUGGGGUUUGCUUUUGUCCAAUUUUGCUUAAACUAUAAACAGAAAUUCACAAA